AUGGCGAACUCUUUAGAUUCAAGUGCUUUUGAUUCAAUUAUUGAUAGAUUACUCAAUCCUAAAGCGAAAAAACCAAAAGUUGCUAAGAAAAAUCAGAUGGACCCUAUCGAAAAAUUUUUGAAAUGUUAAAAUGAGAUACUACCAUCCCCCAGCAAUACCAUUUAAGACGAAGAUGAUCUCUAGAUUAUCAACUAUCAUGGAGAAUAUUAGUCAAUAGAUAUGGACAUAUCAACUUAAUAAUCACUUGAGAAUUCUUAGUUAAGCUUGUUUAACAAUAAUCCUAUUUCUUCAGAGUUGUCUAAAAAACCAACUUAUUCAUCAUUCAAUCAAUUGUUUAAAAAAGAUAUGAUAAGUUUUGGAUAACAACACCAUAUUUUUGUAGAAAAUACAAAAAUUACUACUAAUAUUGAUAGAGGAAUAAAUUCUUAAUUUGUACAAGCAAUAAACUACUUUGACAAUCAAAUAAAUCAUUAAAAAAUCAAAGGUAAAGAUUAGCUAAGCAAGGAAUCUGGCAUUAUUAGUGACGAUUAAAACAUUUCUAUUGAUAUUGAACCCAUUUUAAGAAAAUCCAUUUAAAAUAAGUAUAAAGAAAAGAUGUAGUACUUAAAACUAUACGACGAUACAGCCUCUGAUAAACAUACUUUGUAUAUUGAACUUGUGUUUUUCCUUGGAUCUUUAUUUUACCCAGAUAAAAUGAAGAAAGCAAUCGAUGAUGAUUCAGAAGUUGAAAAAAUAAUUAAUGAAAUUGAUACAUCUAUCCAUCACUACUCCUUUAAAGGAUUAUGUUUUAUAACUUAAUGGCCUGCAUUCAAGCAUAUUACUAAAGACUAUAUUGAUAAUGUCUAAACCUCAAGCCAAAUUGAAAAUUAGAAUAAAAUCUGCUCUAACAAAGAAAACUAUUCGAAAUGCAUAGAUUUUCUUAAAGGGAUGAUUGCUUAUUGA